GGAGGAGGAGCCGGGUUUCAGGGCCAAACUGGUGAACAUGGAAUCGUCCCUGCGGGAGAAAGCCAAGGAUUUCGGGGUUGUGCGGCGCUCCUACAAAUCCAUCUCCAAGCACAACAAGUCGGAAGCGGAGCGGCUGGAGCGGCAGGUGAAGCGGGAAUUCCGGAAGCUCCACGAGUUCCUGUGGAAUGAGGAGAAGGCGCUGCUGGAGCAGCUGCAGGAGGAGAUCCAGGAGAAGGAGGAGCUGAUCCAGGAAAAGGUGGAGCAGCUGGAGCGGGACAACCAGGCCCUGCUGAGCGAGGCCCGGCAGCUCCAGGCGGAUCUCAAGCAGGACGACCACACAUUCCUCAUGAGCCACAAGAACCGGAAGCGCAGGAUGGCAUGGACGGUGGAGGAGCCGGAGGCCGUUCCCACGGGAUUGCUCCUGGAUGUUCCCAAGUAUUUGGGGUCGCUGCAGUUCAACGUCUGGAAGAAGAUGCUGGGAAGCGUCACCGCCG